AUGAUCUACAGAGAGGAGGUGGCCAAGUUGGAGAAGCACUUGAUGCUUCUUCGACAGGAGUACGUGAAGCUGCAGAAGACGUUGGCAGAGACAGAGAAGAGAUGCACUCUUUUGGCUGCGCAAGCAAAGAAGGAAAGCAGCAAUGAGUCCUUCAUCAGCCGCCUGCUGACGAUCGUGGCCGACCUCUAUGAGCAGGAGCAGUAUAGUGAUCUGAAGAUAAAGGUUGGGGGCGAGCACAUCAAUGCUCACAAGUUUGUGCUGGCGGCCCGCAGUGACAGCUGGAGUCUGGCUACUUUGUCCUCCACCGAGGAGCUGGACCUCUCAGAUGCUAACCCUGAGGUGACAAGGACGAUGCUCCGUUGGAUAUACACGGAUGAGCUGGAGUUCAGAGAGGAUGACGUGUUCCUGACUGAGCUGAUGAAGCUGGCGAAUCGGUUUCAGCUACAGCUCCUCAGGGAGAGAUGUGAGAAGAGUGUUAUGUCUCUGGUGAACGUCAGGAACUGUAUUCGCUUCUAUCAGACUGCGGAGGAGCUGAGUGCCAGUACGCUGAUGAACUAUUGUGCAGAAAUUAUUGCCAGUCAUUGGGACGACCUGCGGAAGGAAGACUUCAGUAGCAUGAGUGCCCAGCUGUUGUACAAAAUGAUCAAAUCCAAGACCGAGUACCCGUUACACAAGGCGAUCAAAGUAGAGAGAGAGGAUGUGGUCUUCCUCUAUCUAAUUGAGAUGGACUCACAGCUCCCUGGGAAGCUGAAUGAAGUGGAUCAUAAUGGAGACCUUGCUUUAGAUCUAGCCCUGUCACGACGACUGGAGAGUAUUGCCACCACGCUGGUUAGCCACAAGGCUGACGUGGACAUGGUCGACAAGAAUGGCUGGAGCUUGUUACAUAAAGGAAUCCAAAGAGGAGAUCUCUUUGCUGCCACCUUCCUCAUUAAGAAUGGGGCCCUUGUCAAUGCUGCUACGUUGGGUGCCCAGGAGACACCGUUGCACCUUGUGGCUUUGUACAGUGCGAAGAAACACUCGGCAGAUGUGAUGUCUGAGAUGGCCCAGAUCGCAGAGGCCCUUUUGCAGGCUGGUGCCAACCCCAACAUGCAGGACAGCAAGGGCAGGACUCCCUUGCACACGUGCAUCGUGGCCAGGAAUGAACGUGUGUUCAGCCAGUUGCUGCAGUGCAAACGGCUGGAUCUGGAACUGAAGGACCACAGGGGCAGCACAGCUCUGUGGCUCGCGGUGCAGUACGUCACCGUGUCUCCGGACCACUCGGUGAACCCCUUCGAAGACCUCCCGGUGACGAAUGGGACCUCAUUUGAUGAGAACAGCUUUGCAGCCAGACUCAUCCAGCGGGGCAGCAACACCAACGCACCGGACACUGUCACAGGGAACGGCUUACUGCAGCGGGCGGCUGAAGCCGGGAAUGAGGCCGCAGCUCUUUUCCUGGCGGCCAGCGGCGCCCAGGUCAAUCACAGGAACAAGUGGGGAGAAACACCGUUGCACACAGCCUGUCGGCAUGGCCUGGCCAACCUUACCGCAGAGCUCCUGCAGCAAGGUGCCAACCCGAACCUGCAGACGGACGAAGCUCCGCCUUUGCCGAAGGAGCCCCCGUCCGCGACCAGCUCCGUGGACAGCGUCUAUCUGCAGACACCACUGCACAUGGCCAUUGCCUAUAAUCAUCCGGAUGUGGUGUCUGUCAUCCUGGAGCAGAAAGCUAAUGCUCUUCAUGCCACCAACAACUUGCAAAUCAUUCCGGACUUCAGCCUCAAGGAUUCCCGAGAUCAGACGGUGCUGGGCCUGGCAUUAUGGACCGGCAUGCACACGAUCGCAGCCCAGCUGCUGGGCUCCGGGGCCUGCAUCAACGACGCCAUGUCAGACGGGCAGACCUUGCUGCACAUGGCCAUGCAGCGGCAGGACAGCAAGAGCGCGCUCUUCCUCCUGGAGCACCAGGCAGACAUAAACGUCCGGACUCAGGACGGGGAGACAGCCCUUCAGCUGGCCAUCAGAAACCAGCUUCCACUCGUAGUGGAUGCCAUAUGCACCCGGGGAGCAGAUAUGUCUGUGCCGGAUGAGAAGGGGAACCCCCCACUGUGGCUCGCCUUGGCAAACAGUCUGGAGGACAUCGCCUCUACCCUGGUCAGACAUGGUUGUGAUGCCACGUGCUGGGGCCCGGGGCCCAGUGGGUGCCUGCAGACGCUCCUGCACAGGGCCAUUGAUGAAAACAAUGAGUCGACCGCCUGCUUCCUCAUUCGCAGUGGCUGCGACGUGAACAGUCCCAGGCAGCCCGGCCCUAAUGGAGAAGGGGAGGAGGAGGCGAGAGAUGGGCAGACCCCCUUGCAUUUGGCAGCCUCCUGGGGGCUGGAAGAGACGGUCCAGUGUCUUCUGGAAUUCGGUGCCAAUGUAAACACACAGGAUGCAGAAGGAAGAGCACCUGUCCACGUGGCCAUCAGCAACCAGCACAGCGUCAUCAUUCAGUUGCUUAUCUCCCACCCCGAUAUCCACUUGAGUGUCCGCGACAGACAGGGGCUGACCCCUUUUGCCUGCGCCAUGACUUACAAGAAUAACCGGGCAGCUGAGGCCAUCCUCAAGCGAGAGUCUGGGGCUGCCGAGCAGGUGGAUAACAAGGGCCGGAAUUUUCUGCACGUGGCAGUUCAGAACUCUGACAUCGAGAGCGUCCUGUUCCUGAUCAGCGUCCAGGCUAAUGUGAAUUCCAGAGUCCAGGAUGCCUCCAAGCUGACCCCUUUGCACCUCGCUGUCCAAGCAGGCUCGGAGAUUAUUGUCCGCAACUUGCUUCUUGCAGGAGCCAAAGUGAAUGAGUUAACGAAGCAUCGCCAGACCGCCCUCCAUCUCGCCGCCCAGCAGGACCUGCCCACCAUCUGCUCCGUCCUCCUGGAGAACGCAGUGGACUUCGCUGCUCUGGAUGAGAAUGGAAAUAAUGCUCUUCAUCUUGCUGUCAUGCACGGGCGGCUCAACAACAUCCGGGUCCUCCUGACCGAGUGCACCGUGGACGCCGAAGCCUUUAAUCUACGAGGCCAGUCGCCACUGCACAUCCUGGGACAGUAUGGCAGAGAGAACGCAGCAACCAUCUUCGAGCUGUUCCUGGAGUGCAUGCCUGAGUACCCUCUGGAUAAACCAGACGCGGAAGGAAACACAGUGCUGCUCUUGGCAUACAUGAAAGGGAAUGCCAACUUGUGCCGCGCCGUCGUCCGCUCUGGGGCUCGCCUUGGGGUCAACAAUAACCAGGGAGUCAAUAUCUUCAACUACCAGGUUGCCACCAAGCAGCUUCUGUUUAGACUGUUAGAUAUGCUGUCCAAGGAGCCUCCGUGGUGCGACGGGUCCACCUGUUACGAGUGUGCCGCCAAGUUUGGAGUCACGACUCGCAAACAUCACUGCCGCCACUGCGGACGCCUUCUUUGCCAUAAAUGCUCGACCAAGGAGAUUCCUAUUAUAAAGUUUGAUCUGAACAAGCCCGUGCGAGUUUGCAACAUUUGCUUUGAUGUACUGACUCUGGGGGGGGUCUCUUAGGGAGCCCCCAGGCCACACCCCGGUCGCCUCCCCAGCAGCUGUUCUGCUCACCAGCCUGACCCACCCAGAGCAGGGGUUGGCCGGCCCGUCUUCCUGCGGAACAGACUGAACGAUUAAGGACCCCGGUGUGAUUGACCCCAUUUCAAGGAUCCGGUGGGUUGUCUGUGUGUCUGACUGGGAUCGAGGUCACUGGACGACUCGGUGGGGCAGGCCGUGUCACCUCAGCGGCACCUGUGACAGGAGUUGGACUCCAUUCUGCUUGCAACUUACAAGGACACUCGGAAAACCAUUCCCCUCCCAGUAGCUUAGUGUCCAUGUUGAGCAUUCCCGUGGUCUUCCUGCGCGGGCGGGCGGUCAGAGCCCCACAGGGGGAGGCGGGCGUCUGGCCGCUCCAUGAGCGCUGUCUUUGCUCUGGGUGAGUGGCAGUGCGCAGUGUUUUCAUAAAGAUUAUAGGAUACUCUUGCCCGAAGUCUUUUUUUUUUU